CAUCUUCUACUUUACUGCAAUACUCCAUUCUCCAACCUGCAAAAAGUGUGGAAAAAAAUGGCGGCAAUGAAGCUAAUAGCUCUUAAAUCAGCAUACAAAACAGCGUCGUUUCACUCAGGUUUUCAGCAAUUCCCACAUCGUCGGAACUAUGUCCGCGCGUUUUCAGCAAUCAUGUCUCCGCCUUCAAUGGCGGUCGUUUACGACCAACAUGGCCCACCUGAUAAACUCACCAGAAUAGUAGAAAUUCCACCUGUUGAAAUCAAAUCAAAUGAUGUUUGUGUUAAAAUGCUUGCUGCUCCAAUUAACCCUUCUGAUAUCAAUCGAAUUGAAGGGGUUUAUCCAGUGAGGCCUGUGCCACCGGCGAUUGGAGGUUAUGAAGGUGUCGGAGAAGUAUAUACGGUAGGGAGUGGUGUAAAGGAUUUAUGUCCUGGUGAUUGGGUCAUUCCUUCUCCUCCUUCCUUUGGAACAUGGCAAUCCUAUAUCGUAAAGGAGCAGAGUGUAUGGCACAAAAUAAACAAAGACACACCUAUGGAGUAUGCUGCUACAGUCACCGUCAAUCCUUUGACUGCAUUUAGAAUGCUUCAUGACUUUGUCCAACUGAACUCCGGUGAUGCAAUUGUGCAAAAUGGGGCAACAAGCAUGGUUGGGCAGUGCAUCAUUCAGCUUGCUCGGCUUCAAGGAGUCCAUAGCAUCAACAUUAUUAGAGACAGGGCCGGGGCUGAUGAAGUGAAGGAAAAUCUCAAGAAGCUUGGGGCAGAUGAAGUUUUUACUGAGAGCCAACUGGAAGUAAAGAAUGUCAAGGAUAUGCUGGGGACUUUGCCUGAACCAGCAUUGGGAUUUAACUGUGUUGGUGGCAAUGCUAGUACUUUGGUUCUCAAAUUUUUGAGAAAUGGAGGAACUAUGGUGACAUAUGGUGGAAUGUCCAGGAAGCCUGUUACUGCGUCUACUUCAUCUUUCAUAUUCCAGGAUCUUUCCUUGAGGGGAUUCUGGCUGCAGAAAUGGAUGAGUACAGAUAAAGCUACUGAAUGCAGAAUUAUGAUUGAUCAACUUUUAGAUUUGAUGCGAGAUGGAAAGAUAAAAUAUGACAUGGAGCUUGUUCCUUUCAAAGAAUUUCAUUCAGCACUGGAUAAGGCGCUCGGGAAACAGGGUAGCCAACCUAAACAAGUCCUCACAUUCUGAUUGCAGCGUUAUGGGCUAGUGUGGUUUCUAAAUCUGAGAGUCUUGGUCGGAGACUCGGAGUGUUCACUUAUGGAAUGGCAAUUACAUUGAAAGUUAUAGAAAUCAGAGAUUCUGUUGAGCUCAUCCUAAACUUGUGCAUCGUAAAUCUUGUAUACUUGUUGAUAUGUCGAUUCUCACGUUGCAUCUUGCAUACGUACAGAACGCUAUACAGAAAUUAACAGUUGCUUGACUUGUUAAAUGCUUUGUAGGUUAGUUAGAAGAGAUUAUCAUAACAUUAUGGUUUAUGGGGAAUGGGAUAGCUCAGAACUGAUUCCAGGAUCAAUUGUAUUGAACCCAAAUCAACUUUGAUUCCGUUUUUUAAAAACUAGUUUUCGAGAUCAAGAAUUGUUCAUUAGAAGGAUGGAUUAUUAAUAUUGUCACUGUUAUAAUUUCGAGA